GACACUGGUUUAGAGUAUGAUAGAUAUUUACGAGAGAUUGUCUCUGUGCUGGAAGAAGAUGAAGAUUUUAGGAAAAAAUUAGAAGCUGCCAAUGUUUCAGAAAUCAAGGAUGGAAGUAUCGCCAGACAUCUGGAGUUUGUGGGUCACAACGUUCGAACGAAAUUAGAUGAAAUCAAACGACGAGAAGUAGAUAGAUUACAGGAACUAGCUCGAUUGAAAAUGAAACAAAUGAAGGGUACGGAAAUAUUACAUAAUAUAGCGUAUCAUGGAGAUAUAAGAAUACCUGGACAUUUAGAUGUCAUGAACCCACAUUCCUUUGAAAUGAAAGAUUUAGAAAGUUUAAUCAAAAAGACAACCAAUGAUUUAGAAGAAUUAGAUAAACAACGACGAGAUGAAUUUAAGGAAUACGAGAUGGAGAAACAGUACGAAGAAAAAGAGAAAUUAAAACAUUUAUCCGAAGAGGAGAGAAAGAAAGAAGAAGAACGAUUGGCUGAAUUAAAAAAGAAACACGGUGAACAUGAAAAGAUUAAUCAUCCAGCCAGUAAAGAUCAGUUUGAAGAAGUUUGGGAGAAUACAGACCAUCUAGAUAAAGAAGAUUUCGAUCCUAAAACAUUUUUUCUUUUACAUGAUGCAAAUGGAGAUGGUGUAUGGAGUAUACAAGAAGUAGAAGCUCUCUUACAACACGAGUUAGAUAAAGCUUACGAUGAAAAGAACGCUGAUGAAGACGACCCAGUUGAGCGAGUUGAAGAGAUGAACAGAAUGAGAGAACAUAUUUUCACCGAGAUAGAUCAAAAUCAUGAUAAAUUCAUUACUCGAGAUGAGUUCCUCAUUUAUACCGGACCUAAAGGAGAUCGAAAAGAAUUUGAGGAAAAUGAAGAUUGGAAGGUAAGUUGUUAUUCAACCAAUCUUGUCUGA